AUUUAUUUAUCUAUAAAUAUUAAUGUUUUUAUAACAAAAAGAUAAACUUUAUCAGCACUCUUAAAUUUACGUCAAAAUAACAACUUGCACAUUUUAAUCUUUCUAACUUAAAUAUAAAAACUUUAAGUAAUAAUCUCAUUAUUUUAAUUCUUCCUUUAACAGUUAACUAAUAAACAUCAUUUUUUAUUAACAAUUAAAUAUAGUAAAUAUGUCGAGGCUUGAUAUAAUAAUAUUUGGGGCCACUGGAUUUACUGGAAGAAGAAUCGUGCCGCGUCUUCACGAAAUAUUAAAGAAAGAAAAUUUAAAUUUAACGUGGGGGAUUGCUGGGCGUUCGAAAAAUAAACUUAAAGAAGUUUUAAUCGAAGCUGAACAAAAAACUGGUGAUAAACUCGAUGAAAUUGAAAUUAUUGAAGCUGACAUUAACAAUGAAUCCUCUUUAAAAUCGAUGACAUCGAAAACUAAGCUCCUAAUAAAUACAGUUGGUCCAUUUCGAUUUUAUGGCGAACAAGUUGUUCAAGCUUGUUUAUCAACAGGGACUCAUCAUUUAGAUGUAGCCGGGGAACCACAGUUCAUGGAAGAGAUCCAAUACAAAUAUCACAAAAUCGCUAUGGAGAAAGGGAUUUAUUUGAUAAGUGCUUGUGGUAUGGAUAGUAUUCCUGCUGAUAUGGGCGUGAUUCAUCUUCAAAAUAAUUUUGAUGGUACUUUAAAUUCGAUCGAUAGUUACCAUUAUGGCGUUGAAGAAAACGGGCCGCAUCCAGGGCCGGAAUUAAAUUAUGCCACGUGGAUUUCGGCGGUUUACGGGGUUGGUAAGGCCAAAGAAUUGACGGAAUUAAGGAAGAAAUUGUUUGCUAAACGACUUCCGAAGUGUUUGCCACCACCUCAGAAACGUUCAACAAUUCAUAAAAAUGAAGAAAUCAAUCGAUGGUGUAUUCCAUUUCCCGCAGCUGAUCGUGCAGUUUUAUCGCGAACCCAACGUUACUUUUACGAAGAGAACCAACAAAGACCCAUUCAUAUAAGAUGUUAUUGGGGAUUUGAGGAGUUAUCUUCAAUUCUGAAAUCGGCCGCAGUCGCUCCGUUAUUUAUGGCGUUUUGUAAAACUGAACCUACAAGAAAAUUAUUAGUCAAGUAUCCAGGAUUCUUUUCUGGUGGUGCUUUCACAACCGGAGGUCCAAGCGAAGAAAAAAUGGAAAACACCCUUUUUUAUGUUAAGUUAGACGCGGAAGGGUGGGCCGAAAAACCAGAAAAGGACGUUUGUAAAGAUUUUGAUAAGGCUCCGGAUAAAAAAAUGGUGGUGAGAGUGGCAGGGAGAAAUCCGGGUUAUGGAAUAACGAGUACUACAGUUUCUUUAGCGGCUAUAACAGUGUUAACUGAACAAGAUAAAAUGCCGAAUAAAGGUGGAUGUUAUCCUCCUGGAUACGCUUUCGCAAAAACAUCUCUUAUCGAGAGAUUAAACAGAAACGAAUUAAAAUUUGAAAUCGUUUCAAAGUUAUAAACUUAAAGCAACUAAUAAAAACUUUUAGGUAAACCUUGUAGUUGGUCAUCUAUUGUGUUUUAUAUUAUUUUUUAUAAAAAAAAACUUUUUUUAUUACAUUGUUAAAAUAAAAAUUGAGAAAAAUAA